AUGCGCUCACGAAGGAAGUUGUGUGUGACUUUUGGACACAGUUGGGGUCCGCAGACAGCCCUGCAACGCUCACGAAGGCGCUCGUCGUCGCAAAGCCGAAAAGGGGAGAGAAAGGGGUCGACUGGCAGCUCGCAGAAGGAAGGAGAGGAGAAAGAGGGGGAGGAGCGACGCAUUUGCAGCUGCAAGAAGGCGGCGGGUGAGAUUCACUCGAAGAUCUGUCAUUUUAACGAAACACAUGUGUGCACCCUGCUGUGUUCAGGUGUUUCAUCUACGAUGGCCAGCUCGUCAGCGGCGGACAAGCCAAACCAGGUAAGACCAUGGCACUGGCAGGAAAUCGUUGAUGUUGAACCUGUGUGCUCUUUCUGUCUGUGUCAGAAUUCACUGCGCUGUGCUCUCGUGGUGGACGGAGCGAACUUCAUUUUGGGCUGGCACGGCUACCAGAGGCCGAAAACCGACAAGGUCAACAUGCCCUACCAAGUGUUCGAGCACCACAUCACGCGAAUGAUCAGCGACUUCCAAGACAAGACCGGGCGCACAAUACAGCUGGUGGACGGGCACGUCACGUUCGUCAAUGCGGAUCCUGUUCGGCGCAUGGAUCGCCUCGAGGAAUUCCUCUCUAGCCGCUACAGAGGCGAUGAGCUUGAGACUCAGCUGAAAUGGGCGAGGAAUGACAAGAACAAGCUCAUUCAGCUUCACAACCAAAUUGCUGGCAAGAAUGCCCGAUAUCCCUUCCAAGUAAAGCUGGUGGGCCUCAAGCCGAAGAGCCUCAAGCAGUCGGGAGGGGAUACGCUGAUCGCCGCGUGCCUGACGAAAGCGGCGAUGGACAAGGGCGUGAACGGUGUGAUACUGUUCAGCGGCGAUGGGGACUUCUGCCCCGUCCUGAAGAUGAUCAAAGAAACAAUCUUACCCUUAACCACCACCACCACCACGGAAACUGUCCCUGAUCCGAAGGUGUUCUUUGUCGCGUCGUUCGCCGCUUCACUCUCGUAAUACAUACUAACCCUCAGCACGCAUGAGCGCCUGUUCGUGUGGUGUACGAUGCUUUCGGUGUGUUUUCUGCAGUGACGAGCUGAGAAAAGAAGCGCUCAUCGUGCACGAGAUCCACAAGGAUGACGUGGCACCUACAUCGAUGCCGAGGCCUCAGCGAACUUGGCCCAGACACCAGACCCGCGAGAUAAAGCAGUUCACGUUGAUGGCGAGUUGGGGAGGUGCAGACGCAUGUGAGGAAGAGGUCGGGGAUGGCGCAGGCCUCCCUCUUAAUGAGACGGAAGAUGACGAUGAAGAUGGAGAGGGAGGCGUGGUCACUCUUGAUCGAAAUAUGCCCUGUGACAACAUCAUUGUUGACCCUGACAUGCCCUGCUGUGACGACUUCUAUUUGUUUUUUGGCUCAGCUUGGAAGUAGGUAGACGUAGGUGUUGGUCACAUCAUCCCGAGAAGAGGCAAGGACGAGUCAUAUCUUUUGCUCAAGUGUAGAAUAUGUGUGUGUGGUCGAGAUGAUCUGAGGGCUGUCUUGUAUUGAGGAGUGGGUAUUUGGGGCUGUGGGGAGGUGGACUGCCAUACCCUGUGGGCUGCGAGUGUGAUUGGAUCACCAAUUCGUCAUGUUAUGUGAUAGAGUGCAUCCUGAAGAGAGGCUUGUCUUCUGAUCGAUCAAAUGUCUCCGAAUGUCUGGAGGGACGAUGAGCUUGGAGAGGGAGGGGCUUUGUAUUUUGCUUUGUGCUCUUUUGCACUGCGCCGAUCCGAUAUGUGCGGAAGUUGGCAAUUGCGUCGUCGAUG